CUGGAUAGACUGAGAUUCGACGACUUGAGCGUAUGGCGCCUACCGUAAGGUGCCUGUCUGAUCGUCCAUGAGUGAUGACAGGACCCUGAACUACAUGGCCACAAAGUACCUGUCACCGGAGCUUGGAGCUCGAAUAUUUCUGCUCAGGUCCUUGUCCAGAAGGACAUCUGACGGCAUGGACUAAUAAACAAAACAUUACUCUCCCCUGCCGCGCAAACGAAGCACCUGGCUUCAACCUGUAAUUCGCAGCACAGCAAAGAAUGCAUUCACCAUGCUGUCGACACACGCAAGGGCCAUAGGUCGGCGAUUGCCCCUCCUGGGCAGUACAACGCCCUUCCUCUUGGGCAGCAGAAUAUCUUGCACUCGUCACGCCGUGCCGUCAUGGCGCGCCGCCUCAACAGCAUCGCAGAAGCUCGACCUUCCAGCCCUGGACAGGAAGUGGCGGGCGGAAUGGGAUCGCAUCAAGGCCAGCCGGCCCCCCAGCGGCCAUGGCGAGCAGCACAAAGAUAGCAAAUACAUCUUGCCAAUGUUCCCGUACCCUUCGGGCUACCUGCACAUCGGCCAUCUGAGGGUCUACACAAUUGCCGAUGUCCUCUCCCGUUUUCAUACCCUUCAGGGCAGCAAGACCAUCCUCCCCAUGGGCUGGGACUCCUUUGGUCUGCCUGCGGAGAACGCUGCCCUUCAGCGAGGCAUCAACCCUGCCACGUGGACCAAGGGCAACAUAGCGAAGAUGAAGGAGCAGCUGCAGUGCAUGAACGGCAGCUGGGACUGGGAGCGUGAGAUCUCCACGUGCGACCCCGAGUUUUACGAGCACACCCAGCGCAUCUUCCUCAUGCUCCACGAGAAAGGUCUCGCGUAUCAGGCUGAAGCCGAGGUCAAUUAUGACCCCGUUGACCAGACUGUGCUGGCAAACGAGCAGGUUGAUGCCAAUGGCUGCUCCUGGAGGUCCGGCGCCAAGGUUGAGAAGCGCCGUCUGAAGCAGUGGUUCUUCAAAAUCUCAGAGUUCCGUGAGGAGCUUCUCCAACACCUUGAGGUGCUCGCCAAAGAUGAGUCCUGGCCCGAGCGGGUCAUCGCCAUGCAGAAGAACUGGCUGGGUAAAUCACAGGGUGCAAUGAUCAAGUUCCCCAUCAUGGCCCACAGCAACGACGCCCAUGCUUCCAUCGAGGUCUACACCACCAGACCCGAUACCUUGUUCGGCGUACAAUACUUGGCGUUGUCUGCAAGUCAUCCUAUUGUCGUCCGUCUCUCAGAGACUGACCCUGAGCUCCGGGCUUUUCUGGAUACCCUGCCAGGUCUCCCACCCGAUUCCAAGGUCGGCUAUAUGCUGCCCAGUAUAAGGGCUAUUAAUCCUCUUGCGUUCCACGAGAACACACCGAACCCAACGAAGGAGUCUCUUCCGGUGUACGUCGCACCCUACGUUCUUGGUGACUACGGCGAGGGCGCGGUCAUGGGCGUGCCAGGCCACGACCUGCGGGAUAAUGCUUUCUGGAAAGAGCAUCACUAUGACCAACCUGUUCGAACCGUGCUAGCAGCAUCCGAAGACGAAUCCACGACAGCAAUUGCCAAUGAACCCUUCUUGGACCACGGCGUUAUGAACGCUCAAAGUGGCCCAUUCAAGGGCAAAUCAUCCCGAGAAGGGGGCCAGAUGCUGAUCAAGAUCCUCGAGUCCGUAGGGGUAGCAAAAUCUGUUGAAAAAUGGAGAUUGCGAGACUGGCUCGUUAGUCGACAGAGGUACUGGGGAACACCCAUCCCGAUCGUGCAUUGCGACUCGUGUGGUGCGGUGCCGGUCCCUGCUGAGCAACUCCCGAUCAAGUUGCCCGAGGUGGACAACCAUUGGGCUGAGGGUAAACCGGGAAACCCACUUGAGUCGGCAACCGACUGGGUAAACACGUCCUGUCCUUCGUGUGGUGGCCCUGCGAAGAGAGACACCGACACCAUGGACACCUUCGUUGACUCGAGCUGGUACUAUAUGCGUUUCAUCGAUCCGAAGAAUGAUGGCGAACCAUUCUCAAAAGACAAGGCGUCACUUCUUCCCGUGGAUCUCUACGUGGGCGGUAUAGAGCAUGCGAUUUUGCAUCUCCUCUACGCGCGAUUCAUCUACAAAUUCCUGAUGGGCUCGUCUCUUGGCCCCGCCGAACCAUCAGGCUCUGUCCACGAGCCAUUUACCCGCCUUAUCACGCAGGGAAUGGUACACGGGAAGACAUUUAUUGAUCCAUCGAAUGGUCGGUUUCUGAAACCUGAAGAGGUGGACCUCGAGGACCCCUCUAAGCCAAGAGUGACUGCUACCGGAGACCAGGCAGUCAUUAGCUACGAGAAGAUGUCAAAGUCCAAGUUCAACGGAGUGGAUCCCACAGAAUUCAUCGCCAGAUACGGUGCUGAUGCAACCAGGGCACACAUGUUGUUCCAAGCACCUGUCAGCGACGUGGUCAACUGGGACGAGGAUAAGAUCUCGGGCGUCACACGUUGGCUUGGUCGGGUGCACGACUUGGCGAAGGCUACUGCCACGCUCAAAGACACCGUGGACAAAGAGGCGACCGAGCAUAUCAAAGCCCGUGCAGCGAGAGUUCACAGUUUGAAAGGUGCCGAGCUUGCCCAGUGGGACAUCGACACUGGCGUCUGGCGGGACGUCCAGAAUACCAUAGCGUCGGUCACAAAGUCGUACCAUGAGGUCUACUCCCUCAACACUGUGAUCUCGGACCUCAUGAUCCUGUCCAACACAAUCGCGUCCCAGUCGAGCGCCACCGAGGUAGUCCGAGCCGCUGCAGUCUCGACGCUUGUCAGGAUGCUAGCCCCCGUUGCACCAGCAAUCGCUUCGGAGUGUUGGGAGAGUUUGGGGAUGCAGGAGCCACUCUUCUCCGGUGCAGUGCAAUUUCCGGUGCAGGACGGUACUCUGUCGCUCAUGAAACCCAGGGAACAGUCUUGUGCUGUGCAGAUCAACGGGAAAGUUAGGGACGUUUUGGAGAUUGCCGUGCCACCAGAGGGCUUGGGUCAGAAAGAAGUGGAAGCAUUGGUUGUAGAGGAGAUCCUGCGGAAGGCCGGAGACAAGAAGCUCCCGGCCGUGGAGGACCUUCGCGCAGCGAAGAAGAUCAUCGUCGUCAAGAACGGCAGGGUCGUGAACUUUGUGCUGUAGACGGAGGAUGAUACCCAUAUGCAUUCAUAGAACCUCCACCCUGCCGCCAAACAAGGCUGGGAGGCAGGGCCUAAGUGGUAGAACAAAAGCAGACUCUCAGCUGCACUGUAUUAAUACCGAACGACCGUGGCCGCUCCCUCUAAUGCGCACUGCUCUACUCCCCUCCAAGACUCUGGCAGAUACAAGCUCGUCCUCCUCGGGUGCCGCGUCCGGCCAGUCCCUCCAAACCUCGACGCUCACAGGGGAGGAGCCCAGACCCGCAAGCCCCCCGUGCCGCAGCGCCAUCUCCGCGACGCGAAGCGCCUGGCCCAGGUCCCCGACCUCAAACAGCAUGACCUUGGGCCCGAGCCGCGCUGCAAUGUCGAGCAGCCGGGCGUAGAACACGUCCUCGUGCCUGACGGCGCCGGCGCCGCCGUAGGCCACAUCCGGCACCUGCGCGAUCCUCGGCUCGUAGUUGCGGACGCUGCGCGCGGUCUGGUGGGAGAAGGCCCACCGGGAGACGUAGGGCGGGUUGCAGACCAUGACAUCGCAGCCCUCGACCGCCGCCGGCACACCACCACCACCACCACCACCACCACC